GCAAUCCACGAAAAUGCCUUCAUCGUGUUCAUCACGUCGGCCCUGGGCCACAUGCUGCUCACCUGCAUCCUCUGGAGAAUGACUAAGAAACACACAGUAAGUCCCGAGG